AUGGCUUCAACACAGGAAGAUGAUAUGUACCUCUUCCAAGGCGGCCUGGAUCAGACCCCAUCUUUCGCCGGCCAAGAUUUCGAUACUUUCUUGACUUCUCCAGCUCCCGACUCCAGCGUCCAGAACGGCAACGCUGUUUUCCUCAAUCCAAAUGACCUGUCCAUCAAGCGCGAGGCCGACGAUUCUACCGCCUUCCCUUCAAAUUCCGCCUUCUCGCGCUCGCCAAGAGGCUCCGGUUCCGGUUCCAGCAGCUCUUCGUCAGACUCUCCAAACUACUGGCUGAAUAAUGCAAAGGAAUCAAAUAUCUCGCCCCGUGCUCAUAACAACCUCCAGGCCGCAUGGGGAAGUGGAAUCAACGGCUUCUCCAUGCCUUCAAAUGAGCAGAUAUUCGACGAUACCGCGAUGGCCGGUAUGGAUCCGGACUUCGAAACGAGUAACCAGCAGAUGGCUUCAGACUUUGACUUUGACACUGCCGCCAGCACACCAAGUGGCUUUGACCCCCUGACAGCGAACAAUCUCAAGCCCUCCAUCGCUCCCCAGCAUUUGGCGCGACAGCCAAAUUACACCACAUUCCCCAAACAGCCUUCAACGAAGGCAUUCCCAAAUCCUGGCCAACCUCAGUUCUUCUUCCCUGGAUCUAGAGAAGCUUCCCCUCUCAAUGCAAUGCUCCCAAACCAGGGUCAGUCCCCCUGGAACAAGCAUUCGCCUUCUUCUGGCCUGGAGGAAACAUUCAACCAUAUCACCAUGAAUGGUGAUUCGCCCGGGAAUGCGACCUUCUCCCCUAAUCUGCAAUUUUCAGCUACGGGUUUCACGUUCGAUCCCGAGUCAAGUACAACACCUUCUACGUUCAAUAAGGACACUUCAUCACCACCGUCAACAAUAAACUCUGCCGAGGGUGCGCCUCUCCUCACCGUUCAUCCCACCUCUCUCAAAUCCCGCGUGGAGACUCAGAUCCCAAUCAAAUUAACCUUGUCCCAGCUGCCCGCAGCCAUCAAGAAGGUGAGGCUUCCGAGACAUACCGUAUCAAAGCCAAAAUUCCUCGCGAAACCCCAGCCAGAGCGCUCUGCGGACAUCUACGAGCUACACACUUCUCUGGUCUGCACUAGUGCCAUGCAGGAUCCUGUCAAGUUGCAGAGGGCAUGGGCCCGGGCUAGAGGCGAAGACCUGAGUCCUUAUACACGGCCAAGUCCCGCCUCAUCUAAUGACUCUCAAACAUCCAAAGACGAUGAGGACAAACCAUUGAAUGGGGGGGAAGUCCGAAUCUGUACUGGCUGUAUUCAGAGAGAGCGCAAGAGAGCAUCUAGAAAGAAGCAAAAGAAACCAGAGGAGGAAGAAAUGUUUCAACGGGAUGAAGAGCGGAGAGUGGUCGUUUUCAACACAAACGAGAUUAAGGAAUGGGUUGAAGCUGCCCCCGAAAAUCCAGCGCGUCUGAUCAAAGGACCCGACGGCCAGACUUCCACGGGCCCAGUCCAAGUUGAGCUGCCCAUGCGCAUAGCCUGCUAUUGCCGACAUCAAAAUGAAAAGAUGGGUUUCCAAGUCAUCUUCACCAUCAAAGACUAUCGAGAGAAGGUCAUCGCCCAAGCCAUGACCAAUCCUAUUAUGAUCACUGACGAUCACAAAACGCACAAUGUUCCAGCAGUCGCAACCAGCGUGCCCAAUCCAUUGUCAACUCAAGGACCUCAGCUACCUGGCGCCGGGGUAUUUUCGUCCACUGGACCAGAAGCACCUCAUGGAAGUGCCCUGAAUACCAAGUCGUUCAAGCAGUCCUUCUCUACUACAGACCUCCAUGGCUUGCAACAUAAUUUCAAUCCCAACUUUCCGAUGGCCCCAUCGAGUAACCCUUUUGCGGUUUCCUCUACACUCUCGAAUCAAACAUCAACCACGCUCACGCCGAGGAACCUUUCGCGUCCCGCGUCUCCUAAUGGCCCCUCUGGACCAAACACCAAGCGGAGAAAACAAAGUGGCUCCGGGAAAUUACCAUCUGGCUUGACCAUGACCCGCCUGGAUACUUCGCAAGCGUCUGCUGCGCCUGCAACGAUGCCUAACACAGCCGCUUCCUCCCCCUACGCCCCAAAUAUGUCCGCCUACAUUAGCCACAGUGAUAGACCGUUCGCUGUACCUCAAAGAUCGGCUCCAUUCGGCACCAGCCCCCCAACUCCAAACGGGCAUGACACAUCAUUCUUGUCCAACGUCAACCGCUCUUUCAGCUUGGAAAAUUUGCCGCGUCAAGUCCUGAUCUCUGCCCCUCCUUCUCGCCAGCCCAGUCGACCUGGUAGCCCAGGAUCGGCACGCAACAGCUUCGGAGCAGCGGAUGCUGCCUUUGGGCAAGCCGUCACCAACUCAUUAAUAGGACAGGGCCAACCCACACGACGCCCUCCUCCAUUAAUCCAUAAGCUUGUUCCUGCAGAAGGUUCGGUCACGGGUGGGACAGAAGUCACAGUUCUCGGCAAUGGCUUCUACCAAGGCUUGGAGGUCAUGUUUGGUGACACCGAGGCUACAACGACAACGUUCUGGGGUGAGAAAUGCCUAAAUUGCAUUGCUCCUCCGGCCUUACAACCCGGUGUUGUCGCCGUACUCUUCAAACACGACCGUAGCCAGUUCACUGGUAUGCAGCAGCAAUCUCAAUCACGACCUUCCUUAUUUACCUAUGUUGAUGACCGAGAACUGGAGACUUAUCGUCUCGCUCUUACUACUGUCGGCAAACAGAUGGCUCACCCAACUGAAGACCCGUGGACAACAGCACAACAAAUUAUUCAACAAGGUCAGGCUCAUGCGAUGUGGCCCCCUCAUGGCAACUAUGGCAUGGGCAGUGGACAUCAAAGAGGCUCGGGAGCUAACCAAGGCAUCCCAAUUGAUGCCCUUGAGCUAGAAGCCUCAAUGUUACGUGUGUUAGAACACACGGACGAUGCUAGACGUGUCAGACCUCCAAGAUUUGAUGUCCGGAGGCCAUCCGGGCUCACUCUGUUGCAUUUGGCUGCCUCCCUGGGCCUCACUCGAUUUGUUGCAGGACUUCUCGCCAGGGGAGCAGAUCCAAAUUUGACUGACAACAACGGGCAUACACCUAUGCACCAUGCCGCAAUGAAUGGACAUACGCAUGUCAUCCAUCGUCUCCGGCUGGCUGGCGCAGAUCAUAAGAUUCGCAGCAUUCGAAACUUCACACCUGCUGACCUCGCCACAUCGCUCCUCUCUUACCAAGCCACGAUGAGUGCCAUGGAGCACUAUCGAUCUCGAAGCGCCGGAGCCACGCCGAUAAUGCUACAUAGUCGGAGCACCUCGUCCCUGCGCUCUUUCUGGGACAAUGCUUCUAACGUACAGACCUCCACGGAUCUAGGUGCGUCGGAUGAUUCAGACGACUCCGAAAGCGAUGGUGACGAGAUAUCCAUGAUAGUAUCGUCCAAAGAUUUGGAGCGUGGGAAUUCCAUGAAUCAGGUGAAUGCACGCAAAGCAGUCCUUAGUGGUCCCCAGUCACGGAGAAAUAGUGGACAGUAUAACGCUGUGCCUCCUGUGACUUUUCCUCCAAAGGAGCAGGGAGCCUCUGCACCUGCUGUGGCAGUGUCUGCUUUCAUGUUGGCCUGGCGCGACCAUCUCGUGGCUCAGCUUCAUCAGUUCAACGAAAGUGCCCAAUCGGUGAUGCCAAACCUUGGCAACAUGAAUGGCCCGUUGGCGACGCUGCAAGAUUACCAGGCGAAUCUGAUGGUUCGACGAGUUAGUUCACUAUGGCCGCAACGUCCGAACUCCAGGCAGCAAGGUGGUAAUCGUGAAGGUUGGUGGGAGACACUAACAGGUGCCUCAUCUCCGACACCUUCUUCACCACCCGCUUAUGGCGAGCUGUACCCCGAUAAAGAGGGUAUGUCCACUGAUUGGAGCGUCAAGAAAUCGGUAAUAAUCGAGGCUGCCGCCGAGGCUGCAGCGGACCUUCACUUUGGGCAACGCGAGGAAAUAGCAAGCUCUUCACAUGGCGUGUCUCGGUUCUCGACCAAUCCACCGAUUGAAAGGAUCGAGUUAAGUCGAGACAGGAAAUUAUUCUUCUUCUGGGUACGUGUGUGCGAGAUUUGGCGAUGA